AUGGAGUGCGAUUCUGAGUUCGGUGAUACCGAAAUCACCAACGUGGGAGAUUCGACGGAGUCUUCACCGCUAAAGACAUAUCAUGAGUCUAAGAUUGAGGCAGAGGGUUUAUGUAGAUCCCCAAAUUUUCUCCAUAUGUUCCAUGAUCUCCGCAAUGGUCUACGCGAUGCUUCUGAGAAGUCUCAAAAGGCUUUAUUGACAUCUUGCAUACUGGGUUUGCAAGAUUUGAUCACAGGAGGAGGAUGA